AUGGCGGCAAACGGCGACAUCGUCAGGCGCGACUCGGUCAAUAGCUACACCAGCGGCCCGCAAACCCCACAGGGCGCUCUCGGUCGCCAUCAGACUCAGUCACCGCACGAUCCCGCGAUGGCCUUCCCUCUUCAAGCGCAGUUACCGACUCCUAAGAUGAGCCCGCAGACGAUGGCUGCAUAUCAUCGUAAGGCGAUGACGACUAUGUCACAGCCGCGCCCAAGCAUUAUGCAAGCGAGCCCUGCCACCCCCGACGAGACUCAGAUGCGCCAGCAAAUGAGUCCGCAGAUGAUGGCCGAGUACAUGCGCCCUCUGGCCAUGUCAACUCAGUCACAGCCGCGCCCAACCACUAUGCAAGCGCAGCCUCCCACUCAGGACGAGGCUCAGGCACGCCAGCGCCGCCAAUUUCUCUUGUUUGGAACGGCCUACUUCCAGAGCUUGGACCCGCAGUUAAAGCAACAGUUCCGACAGUUCCCUCGCGAGAAGCAGAACGAGAUCGUUAGGAGCGCGCUCGCGCGACGUGAACAGCAGGAGAUUCAGAAGGCGCGCGAGCAGCAGAUGGCGCAACAACAGGCAAAGCAACAGGCAGCGCAACGGGCACACUUCAACAAAUUCGUACAGCAAUACGUCAGCUCGCUCACUCCUGAGCGAUCGCUCCGAUUUAGCCAGUUGUCCGAACUGCAGCAAAAGCAGCAUCUUCGCGAUUUCUACAAGCAAGGAAUGCAAAAUGCGCAGCAGCUACGACAGCAAAAAAUGCAACAGAUGCAGCAGCAUCAGCCAGCCGGGCAGCUACAGCAGGUGUUGCAGCCGCGACAGCUCGCGCAACAACAUCAGCGUAUUCAGCAAGUCUCGGAAGUACAGCAAUAUCGAAAGCCGCAGUCGCCACGUAUUCUGCAAGCUCCACACGCUCAGCAACAUCAGGAGCCGCAGGCGAAACGUAUUCAGCAAGCUCCACAAGUUCAGCAACAUCAGGAGCCGCAGACACAACGUAUUCAGCAGACACAGCCGGCGCCUCAGCUGAAGCGACCUCGUUCUGACGACAGUGAGGCAGGCCCCGCGAACAAGGUAGCCAAGGUAGCCAAGGUAGCCAAGGUCGCGCAGCCAACUACAGAGGAUCCAGAUGACCAGAGACUCGCUUCUGAGCUCACAAGCUGGCUCGCAUCCAAGCAGGCUGAGGAAGAAGCUCAGGUGAGCGAGCAGUCUGCGGAGUUGGCCUGGCAGAUGCAGCACGCUGGCCCUUACCCCGGCUAUUCACCUGCGAAAUCAUACACCUCCGACAAGUCGUUGUAA